AGCAACAGCCUACGCGUGCUGUGCUGUAGACGAUCGGUGCGGGGUCGGUUGGUGUUCGCUGGUGUUUCACGCGAUCGUCAUCGAGUUGUCAACGACCUUUAGGCGGCGUGCGAGAUCCUCCUUCGGUCGAUCGGACGGUGCACCGGGGAUUAGCUAGAACACCGUCGUGAAGUGAAGUGUAGGUGCUCGGGAGUGGAAGUUUGUCUUCGAUUCUUAAGUCAGUGCCGAGUGUGAUCUAAAGAGUGAUCGUGGCCAUUACGGUGAUUUCGCUGUACAACUGUGCCCGUGCCCGAGGAUCGCGAAGAUCCCGUCCCGUGCCCUUAUUAAGUGAAGUUCUGGCGUUUUUUUUUUUGUGUGUGUGGUGUGGAGCAAGUUCCUGAGAUCGAGAUCGCACUUUCAGUAACGGGAUCAUUCGCGAUCUGGUUCGACGACAGAUCGGGCUGCAGAUGGUUAGGACAGUUGGCUCCGGACUUUGGGCUGGUGGGCAUGGUGGGCACCGGAAAUGAGCAGCAAAAGUCGGAGGCGCAGAUUGUUGCACCCUUACGCGAAGCGACACGGUGCUAAGUAGCGGAAGCAUCACAGCAGGACCGCCGUCACCGCCACCAGCAGCAGCAGCAGCAGCAGCAUCACGAAAGCACGAAAUGGCCACGAGCAGCGGGUCAUCCCGGGCUGUGUCCGCUAAUCAUCUGACACGCUCGCGAUCAACAGCCAACAGUGACCGGGGUAGGACGACGAUGGCACAGGACGACGAUGAUGGAGAUGGUGGUACGGCGGUGGCCAUUCCGGAGGCUAGCUACGACUACUACUGUACCCUACCGAGACCAUCGGCCAAGGCAGCACCGUACGAUGCGGCAGAUGAGUGCGAAACGGGACAUCGAGUGGAUCGGGCGCCGGUCGAUCCCGAAACGAUGGGAAACGGACAGUCGAUCCAGCAGCGGCUAUCGGGUCGCAGUGAUCUGGCCGCAAACCAGGCCGCGGCACGGCGUAGUCUGUUGUACGAGCAGAACAUGUGUACGUUCGAGAGCUUCUGUGAACGGCGGAACAGCCAGCAACGGUUACAGUCGGCGGACACGGCCACCGAUCCGAACGAUCGCGGACGACGUGACCUGGUGAAGGAGCAAGAGGAAGAUGAGGGUGCGGAUGGGCUAGGGAACUUUUGUACCUUGCGGAGACCUUCGCGUCGCCAGGAAGCAGAACGUUCGCCAGCGGACGGUAACGACGGUACGGCACGGUACUGUACACUGAAGCGCAAGAAGCUACAGCUGAACCGGAAGUUUGUCGAAAGCUUCCUGGAGGAUCCGAACGCCAAAGUGGCCGACUAUCUGUCCGAACUGGAUGCGUACCUGGACGAAAUAGACGAUGUAGAGGAUGACGACGACGACGACGACGAGGAAGAAGAGUGUGCGCGCGAGGACGAGACCGCGAGUGAUGUGACGAGCGUAUCGAUUGUGCAGAACGAGCAGCAGGAAGUGGAACCAACGGCGGAUGCGGUGGCGACGGUAGUCAUACCACACGCUAAUAGUGAAGAUGAUGAUGGUGGCCAAAGUCAAAGUUUACAGUAUUAUCAGCCAGCGAACGGCGGAGGUGUUAAGAUCGAGGAUCGUGUCCAGUUCGGUGAUAUCAAGCACUUCUGCACGCUACCGAAGCAGAAGCGUACGCAGGUGUUGAGUGCGUUCAAACGGGGUGCCUCAUUGCGCAGGACAUUCGUAGCACCACCACCACCACCACCAUCGAGCACAGCCAGUGAGGCGGAGAAUACAUCCGGAGCAGCAGCAGCAGCACCACCACCAUCAUCAGUAGAUUCUUCAAGUGCAAUCAUAGACGAUUGUCAGCAAACAUUGGCAUCGACGACGGCCGUUCCAGCGCGAUCUGAUGAAUCAUCCCGUACGGUUCAUGCCAGCUGGCAUCGAAAUUCGAUGCGCCGUAAGCACCUGAUCGAACUGCCGGAACAGCCAAUACCGGAGCAUGCCCUCGGGGGAGUCUCAGAUCAGCCGGAUGAUGAUUUCUGCUCGAUCAGCACUCUUCCGGCGGAUGAGCAGUUGAUUCCAAGGGAGCGAUCGGACCGAACGGUUACUACGUACAGUGUUCCGUCGUUGCUGGUGGCAUUGCCACCCUCCCCAACACCGGAACAACACGAACAAACCCAUUCAACCUGGGAACCGUCGGCUCCACCUACGUCAUCACCUUCGCCGCCACAUCAGGCACCAUCAGCAUAUGCUCUCGAGACCGAUCUGGAUGAUGAAGUUUGCACGCGACCCCGUCAAACAGGUCGUCGGGCUCAAUCGCAGCCGCGGCUCGUCUCCAUCACCGCCGUACGGGACGAGUCAACCAACGAGCUCAUCAUCCGGACCAACAGCGUCCCGGGGAACGCAUCGGCUCCACCGUUGGUACUGGCGCUGGAGGAAGCACAACUACAGCAGCAUCAACACCAGCAGCAGCAACAGCAGCAACGUCAGCGUUACGAUGGUGUUGAAUCCGAGGGCAGCUCGAUGGGAAGUUCCCGCAACCCAAGUCCGGUGUCACUGUUAUCUUCGACAACUACUUACAGCUCGAUUGGAUCUACCACCGACAAUGUGACUGAUGGUGGUGACCGGCGCACUCAUCCACGCCAGGAAUCAACAGCCCGGGAUGGCAGCGCAACGAGGCCCCAGAGUGGUGACAGUGCCACCGGAGAGGUCGCUACCAUCACCGCCUCGGCGAACGGUAGUCGAAGGGAUCGGGCAUCCAUGACGGAACAGUGGCGCACAACAGGAGUAACGGGCACAACAACGGCAGAGGCAGCGGCGACGACGACGGAAACGCAGGCGGCUAUCCACGAACCGGACUCGGAUUCGGAUGAUCCGGAAUCGGACAGCACUAGACGCAGCAGUCGCCGUAACGAUGGUCGUCCGAAAGCACGAUGGCCAUUCGCUGUUUCGCGCCCACUUGCCACCGUCUUCUGUACGCUCGGGCUCUUCAACAUAUCGCGCUUCGCCGUUUUUAGCGUACACUUCGGGGCGAACUUUGUCGUCCAGUUCCUGAUCUUCUCGGUCCUGUUCGGCAUCCCGAUGAUGUGGCUGCAGAUGGUGUUGGGUGCGCGGAUUCGCGGUGGUCCCGUCACCAUGUGGCGCAUUAGUCCGAUCUGCAAGGGCAUCGGGAUUGCGCUGCUGAUUGCACAAACGCUGAUCGCCCUGUACUCGGCCAUCUCGUUGGCCUGGGUGCUGGUGUACUUCCGGGAUGCGUUUACGAUGCGCAACGAGAAGUAUCGCUGGCAAGAACCGUUCGAGUACUACCGGGGUGGUGGUGUCGGUUCACUGCUGGCCCCUGGCAACCAAUCGUACCGCCUGUCCGAUACGGUGGCCGACUACUUCAACGGUGUCGUCCUGCAGCGGUAUCAUUUGCGGCUUACGCUGCCCGGCCGUACAACUGGUACGAUGCCCUCUGGUGGUGGUGCUGGUGCUGCAACGUUGCCGGGAGUGAGCGGAAUCGGGGCGAUACGGUUUCAGCUCGCCUUCAACCUUGCCAUCCUGUGGACGCUCGUGUUUGUGGCGCUCUGCCGGGGUAUCCGCUCGCUGGGGAAGGUCGUGAUCGGACUGUUCCUGUUCGCUACCGCUGGCCUGGUGGCCGUUUCGGCCAAGUUCCUUACCUUCAUCAACUACGACAGCGUACAGAACAUCUUUCCGGCGACGGAUUGGCAGGACUUUUUCCUAAAUUCGCGCAGCUGGAUGAGUGCCGCCCAAGAGACGUUCCUUACCUGGGGCCUGCUUGGUGUCUCGGUGUACUCACUCAGUUGCCGCAGCAACCGCAAGGGAGCCUGCAAUAGCCGCACGCGGCGAGAGCUCCGCCGGGAUGCUUUCCUCGUCGCCCUCAUCACACUGGCCGUGCUCAUGUUCGCGGCCAUACUCGGUAGCGUUUGUGUGCAGAUCCUGAACACGCGCGGCUACUACUACUUCCCGGGAUCGUACGAAAAUCUCGGAACGAACGUGUUUCUACUUCCUGCCAGCCAACCGUUGCCACCGCAGCACGCUACGAUGCCGAACCGCUGGUUGCUGCGCUACUCGAUGGUGGUUGGCGAAAGCUUUAAGCGCCCGUACGCUGAUCCGAGCCGCGAAAGUGGCUAUCAGGUGUUACGGUUAGUCACCGAACUGUUGCCGGCUUCGCUGGCCGCUGCCACGCAUGAAAACAUUGCACCGGUUUGGGGUCUCAUCGGUUAUCUUACGCUGCUGCUAUUUGGCCUGGGACAGCUGUGCGUCAUGUGGAAACCGAUAUCCGGGGCCUUCGGUGAUGCACCGUCUUCCAUCCUGCUGAGCUGUGUCACGGGUUUGCUGCUCGGUAUGCCGAUGGCCACUGAGGGUGGCAUCACGAUCGUGUACUAUCUCGAUACGAUCCUUGGGGCAGCCUGGUGGUUGCUGCUGCUAUGGAUCGGUCACAUCCUGGCCCUCUUCCUCGUCCGUGGCCGUCCCUUUACGAGUGACAUUCUAGUCAACGAUCUGAAGAUCCUGCAAUCGUUGUCGGCGUUCGUGGCCUUUGCCUGGAACUUUCUGCUCCCGAUCGGGCUCAUCAUACUGUGCAUCCUACAGUACCGAUUGUCGAACAGUGCCGCCCUGUUUAACUGGACACCCUCGGUCAAUGGGCAGAGCUCUAGUUAUUGGCCACUGUGGGCCCGUCAGACGGGGGGCUUCGUGCAGGUUAGCUUCCUGUUGCUUGUUCCGAUUGUGAUCGUCGUGCAGAUCUACCGCUACCUAUGCAGUGGCCCACCGGACAUAUUGGAUCGUGUGGAUCUAUUGCUACGGCCACCGGUCGACGGUGAAACGAGCAAUCCAAUCCGUGGCAUCCAGAACAGACGUCCGGCGGUGUCGGCUCCUCUGCAAUCGAACGCACCGGCCAGUAAUCGGACACGUGACGGUUCCGGGACAGAAGCGCAAGGGGCAGCAGCUGCCCUAUCGCUAUCACUCGAUGGUCGCACGGGUCAGACCGGGGAUGAUGAUGCACCACCCAAAUACACACCGCCGCCAUCCUACACGACGGCUACCGGUGCUCGUAUCGCCAAGAUGCUACGCAACAGCAUCCGGCGCAGCGUACGGCGGCUAAUGGGCGAAACAAGCGGAAGCACACAUCGGCAGCGUGCUGCUUUACCACCACCCCAUCCAACACUAGCUAGCGAUGGACCGGGUAACGCCAAUCCAGCAUCCGGUGGUGAGCUACCACCGGACUACUGCUCCGUACUGCAACAGUUCGGAGAGCCCGACUCGAUGGAAAUGGCACGCCCGGCGGCCAUGCCCCGGAUGCUGUUCAACUCUUCUACGCUCGGCAGUGGAAGCCGCCGUUAUCGAUCGCUCGUUGUACCGGCGUCAGAUUCGGCCAGUAUCUCAUCGGGAGCUGGCCCCCAGCAGAUGACCGCAUCCGAUGUACGACAGAUCCUGCGACCGGCCACCGUCACCGGGCCCACUGUGGGGGGUGUUACUGCUGCGGCGGGUAACAGUUUGACGCUGGCACCAGGGACAUCCGCUUCGGCAACGCCCGGUUUUACGCAGACACUCUGCAACACGUUGCUGCUGCGCCGGGGACACUCGAUGGAAAACCUGGUCCUGGCAGCCGCUCCCAUUGGUGACUCGAGCAUUAUUACGCUCAAUUGUGAUGACGAUGACGAUGGUGACGACUACAAUGAAGACGGCGUAAACCGGCCACGGCCCCGUAACGGAACAGAUUCUGUGAUAUAAGCGUUUGCUAUUGGGUCAACUAGGUAACCGAUGGAAGAUGGGUUUGAGAUUAAAAGUGUGCAAAAUAGCGGCACCAUGUUAGUUCUGUAGUACACAAACACACACAAAGACAUGUCUUUACAAUGAAGUCGGCGAUGUUCCGGUGCGAAAUCCGUCUGUAGAUAGCAACACACACACACAGACACACACAAACGCACUGCAUGCGAGACUAGUGUGGUAAGGUAGUGAACUGUGAAUCUCGUUAGCUUUCAGUAGUAAUGUAGACUAACGCAACGUGCGGUCGCGUCUAAACGUAGUAGUGAGAGAAGCACAGCGGUGGAGCAUAGAGUAAAAACUAGUGAAUCGCCGUUCCGUACCGUUAAUAUCAAUAAAGGAAUUAUUUAUGUUUCGCUAGAACGCAUGGCUA